CGGCGGGCGGGCGGUCGGGCGAGCAGGCGGCGGGCGAGGCCUGGGCGCCCCUUCCUCUUCCUCCUCCUCCUCCUCCUCCUCCGCGGCUGCUGCUGCUCCGGGCGAGGCGAGGAAAGAAGGCAGGCGGGCGGGCGGGCGGGCGAGGCAGGAGCAGGAGCAGCAGCAGAGAGAGGGCCAAGGCAGGCGAGGCCAGGGAGGAGGGGGAGAGAGAGAGAGAGAGAGAGAGAGAGAGAAGACCCCCCCCCUUUUCUGGAUCUCCACCACCGGCACCACCACCAACAACGCCAGGGGCUAGAAGAGGCGACGACGACACUGGGGUCUGGCCUCUUUCCCUCGACGCUUCCACACCAAGCCUGGAACCUCCCGUAAGUUGAGUCCCGGAAGCGACAAGUCUGCAGCCUCGGCCUCCGCCCCGCAGCGCCCACCAUGCCAUCCAAUGGGCCCGUCGACACCACUUCCAGCAGCUCCGCCGCAGACCGAGAGGCCACCGAUGCCCGCAAGCAGGGCGAAGAGGAAGCCGACGAGAACCGAAACAAAGACGAGAAGCCAGAUCCGGGGAUCCCGGCGAGGAAGGCAGGGCGGCCCGGCAGGAAGCGCAAGCAGCCAGUGGCGGAAACCAGCGAAGCCCCCAAAGACACAGCCUCCGCCCCCAAGUGCCCCCCGGCCCCCGCCCACCACAGCAGCAGCAGCAGCCCCAUGGAGCAGGUGCCCAACGGAGACGUGGAGGCGGGCAGCCCCGAGAAGGCCACCACUGCCGCUGCCACCGCGGAGCCCAAGGGCCGGCCGAGGAGCGAGAGUGAGCCCAGUGCCCUUCCGGAGCGGGAGACCGGGCGGACCCUGGAGAACGGGCGCUGCUGCACCCCCAAGGACAGCCCCGAGGCCCCCGCCUCUGAAGGUAAAGAAGAAAAGGAGGAGAACCACUACAACUCCCUGAAAAUGGAGGGAUCCCGUGGGCGCCUGCGCGGAGGCCUGGGCUGCGAGUCCAACCUUCGCCCGCGGCCGAUGCCCCGCCUGACCUUCCAGGCCGGGGACCCCUACUACAUCAGCAAGCGGAAGCGAGACGAGUGGCUGGCCCGCUGGAAGAGGGAGACUGAUAACCCACCGGCAACUCAGCUUGACAAGGCUGAGAAGAAGGCCAAAGUCAUUGCCGGGAUGAACGCAGUGGAGGAGGCGCUGCCACGGAGCGAACCCCAGAAGGAGGAGGAGGCCAGCCCCCCGGCCUCCCAGCAGCCCACUGACCCGGCCUCCCCCAAUGUGGCCACCACCCCGGAGCCUCUGGGGCCCGAUGCCGCUGACAAGGGCAUGUCCAAAACGGCCGACGACGAGCCGGAGUACGAGGACGGCCGGGGCUUCGGCAUCGGAGAGCUGGUCUGGGGGAAGCUGCGGGGCUUCUCCUGGUGGCCGGGACGCAUCGUCUCCUGGUGGAUGACCGGCCGGAGUCGGGCCGCGGAGGGCACCCGCUGGGUCAUGUGGUUCGGGGACGGGAAGUUCUCUGUGGUCUGUGUAGAGAAGCUGCUCCCGCUCAGCUCCUUCGCCAACGCCUUCCACCAGGCCACGUACAACAAGCAGCCCAUGUACCGGAAGGCCAUCUACGAGGUGCUCCAGGUGGCCAGCAGCAGAUCAGGCAAGAUCUUCCCCUCCUGCCCAGAGAACGAUGAGACUGACACCUCCAAAGCAGUGGAGAUCCAGAACAAGCAGAUGAUUGAAUGGGCCCUGGGGGGCUUCCAGCCAUCCGGCCCAAAGGGCCUGGAGCCACCAGAAGAGGAGCGCAACCCCUACAAAGAAGUUUACACCGAGAUGUGGGUGGAGCCUGAAGCUGCCGCCUAUGCGCCUCCCCCGCCAGCCAAAAAGCCGAGGAAAAGCACAGCCGAGAAGCCCAAGGUCAAGGAGAUCAUAGACGAGCGCACCAGAGAGCGCCUUGUAUAUGAGGUUCGACAGAAGUGCAGGAACAUUGAAGAUAUCUGCAUCUCCUGUGGAAGCCUCAAUGUCACCCUUGAACAUCCCCUUUUCAUUGGAGGAAUGUGCCAAAACUGCAAGAACUGCUUUUUGGAGUGCGCCUACCAGUACGAUGAUGACGGCUACCAGUCCUACUGCACCAUCUGCUGCGGCGGCCGUGAAGUCCUCAUGUGUGGGAACAACAACUGCUGCCGGUGCUUCUGCGUGGAGUGCGUGGACCUGCUGGUGGGCCCUGGUGCUGCUCAGGCCGCCAUCAAGGAGGACCCCUGGAACUGCUACAUGUGCGGCCACAAGGGCAUCUACGGCCUGCUCCGGCGGCGUGACGACUGGCCCUCGCGCCUCCAGAUGUUUUUCGCCAACAACCACGACCAAGAGUUUGACCCACCAAAGGUUUACCCACCCGUCCCAGCUGAACGGAGGAAGCCCAUCCGGGUGCUCUCCCUUUUCGACGGCAUCGCCACAGGCCUGCUGGUGCUAAAGGACCUGGGCAUCCAGGUGGAUCGGUACAUUGCCUCCGAGGUGUGCGAAGACUCCAUCACAGUCGGAAUGGUCCGGCACCAGGGCAAGAUCAUGUAUGUGGGGGACGUCCGCAAUGUCACCCAGAAACACAUACAGGAAUGGGGCCCUUUUGACCUGGUGAUUGGAGGCAGCCCCUGCAAUGACCUCUCCAUCGUCAAUCCGGCCAGGAAAGGCCUUUAUGAGGGCACCGGACGGCUCUUCUUUGAGUUCUACCGCCUCCUGCAUGAGGCCCGGCCCAAAGAAGGGGAUGAGCGGCCCUUCUUCUGGCUCUUUGAGAACGUGGUGGCCAUGGGUGUCAGCGACAAAAGGGACAUCUCUCGUUUCCUAGAGUCCAACCCCGUGAUGAUCGAUGCCAAAGAGGUCUCCGCAGCGCACAGAGCCCGCUACUUCUGGGGGAACCUGCCCGGCAUGAACAGGUGGGUCAGAGGUGCGGGCCAGCCACACAGGCCACUGGCUUCAACUGUGAAUGAUAAGCUGGAACUGCAGGAGUGUCUGGAGCAUGGCAGGAUAGCCAAGUUCAGCAAAGUCCGAACCAUCACCACUCGCUCCAACUCCAUCAAGCAAGGCAAGGACCAGCACUUCCCUGUCUUCAUGAACGAGAAAGAAGACAUCUUGUGGUGCACCGAGAUGGAGAGGGUCUUUGGUUUCCCGGUCCACUACACAGACGUGUCCAACAUGAGCCGCCUGGCGAGGCAGAGACUGCUUGGUCGCUCUUGGAGCGUCCCUGUGAUCCGCCACCUCUUCGCCCCGCUGAAGGAGUACUUUGCCUGCGUUUAAGAGGCGCACUCAUUGAACUGUCCGAGCGGAGGAGGAGUCUCAACACAACCACCCCCAGGAAAAGCGAAGUGGCCCCAGAAUGGAGGAGGUGGCCGGUGGGCGAGAGGGAGGAGGGAGGGAGGGAGAGGACCCCCGCCUGUGGGUGUGGGCUCCCGCUGCCCAGGUCUUCACCCAUCCUCUCCCCAGUUCGAGCCACCCUAAGCCAACCCACCGGUCCCGCUCUUGUUGGCAACAGCCCUUUAAUUUCCUGCUCUUUCUGGGUGGGUUUGUCUGUUAGUUUGGUUUCUGCUUCUCCUCGGCCGGGCCCCACAAAGCGCGGGCCUGGCCUCGGGCGCCACCGACCGCAACAGAGGAAAUUCCAGCCAAGCCCAAAGCUGAGCAGGCCGCGGGGCAACGUUGCCCCCGCUCAGUUGAGGAGCACAAAAGCGGGGCGCACCAGGGGCCCCUUGCACCUACCAGCCCCGCUCCAGGGAUGAGCGCAAGCUGGGAAAGCCGCAAGCCCCGCCGAGCCCCUUACCUGGUCCCCCGAUGCCCCCAACACCACACACACAUCUACACACUUUUCUAUAGUAUUUGGGUGCCUACCAUACAGGAGACCUUGAUAAAAGCCCAGCUCCUACAGCCGCUCUUACCUCUUGUUUACAGUUUAUAUAUAUGUGAGAGUUAUGCUAAAGAAAUGUCUAUAUAUAAAAGGUACUGUUACUACUGUACAACUGACUUUCAAAAUGGUGCUUCUACAACAGCAGGGGGUGGAGCUGAUUGGCAGCUUCUGCGGUGCUUCAAGUGCCAGCCUGCCGGAUGAAGGGGAGGAGAAGAAGGGGGCAGAUUGGGGCCCCUUCUUGCAAAGGCAGUGGCAAAGGGAGGGCAGGCAAGUAGGCAGGCAGGCAGGCAGCAGAGAGGCACCCUUCUCUGCCCUGGGUGUCAACGCAAUAAUUGCUUUUAUGUCCUAAAAGGCAACCCUCCUCCCUCAGGCCAGGGGCUUGGGCCUCGACAGGCAGGCCAGCCAGUCCCCCUGUAGAGCUCCCAAUGGCAGCCCUACACAUUCAGUGGUGCUUUCCUGCAGUCGGCGCGAUCUGGGCGCCCUCCCUGGGGCCCUGCCGCCCCUCUCUGGCUCGAAGACAGGGAGGCCGGCAGCCCCCAGCCAGACCCAGCAGUGCCCCUUUUGGUCACCUCCCAACCCCCAGGCUGCAGAGUCCCUCGCAAAGUCUAUAGUUCUGCUCCUUCCUUCCUUCUUUUCCCCGUUUUUGCCCCCUGAUCACUAGGCCCAAAUGCAGGAUAUCCUGAAGAUGGGUGAUAGAAGAGCCCCGCACCCUGGCCUUGGCACCCCAUGCCAUUCCUCCACGAUCUCACAUGGUUCUUGGAGGGUCGGCGCCUGCUGCCUCCCUUCUCCCUCCCCCUCUUCUGUUUGUGGCUGGUGUGAAUUGUAGACUUUCUGUUUUGCUUGAUCAGACUCUGGCUGUGCUGCCCCCCCCCCCCCAACUCCCACUUAGAGACACACACUUGGAGGAGAUGGCGAAGGGCAGGCAGGGGCCUUCCGGGAACAGAGAUGGUGGGCAGUUCUUGUGCGAGGAGUCCGCAUUUUCCAGGCGGAUUGUCUUGGCAAUUGUGUGCACUUUACUCCUUUGGCAACGGGCAAGUAACCCUUUGCCUGUGAGACCCCGAGGCAGGAGGCGUGACUGCUGUGUGUGUGGGUCUGCCAUUCCCUUUCAUUUUGGGGGAUCGCUCCCAGCAGGGUCCUGAGCCCUUGGUGCUAAUGGGGAGUUGGGUCAGGGAUCCCCCGAGAGAAGCUCUCUGCCUCAGCACCUCCCCCAUCUCAGCCUCUCCAGGGGGACAGCAUCUCCCCUCUGUUCCUGUCUUCCCUGCCUGCGUCCAUGGUGCUCUUGAGGGUGAUGGGCCAGAUGCUGAGGCAAAGUGGGGGGCCGGGAGGGGUGCGUGUGUCUGUGCAAGGCAGCGGGCCUCUCGCCCACCCUCUCCCCUGGCCAGCACUCCCCCAGGACAGCCCUCCUCAGGUGGGAAGGCCCCGGAGGAAAGCCGCUGGCCUUGGUGCUAAUAAUAUUUCGGGGAGUCAGUUGGGGUGGCAGGCAGGCAGGCAUCUCCACUCACUUCCCUUCAAACUGUGAAGGGUCUGGGGGUCUCACUCAGGGUCUGGUGGGGAAGGGAGCAUGGCGGAGCCCCCUGGAUGGGGCACAACUGGAGUGUGGCUGGCAGCCUCCCUCACACUCUGUUUUACUUCUAACGUCCAUCCCCCAAACACAAACACACACACACACACACACACACACACACACACAUAUACUGGGCUGUUAGGCCAGCGGUGUCUUUCAGUUUGAGCAAAACCUCUGCAGUAAACACUUCCCACCCCUUUCGUUUUGCAGGAUUUCUAACCCACCCACCGCCUUCCCCAACCUACUUACCACAGAGGUGGCAAGUACGGAGAGGAAAACCUUCCCCCUGCCCUCAGGCCUCUUUUAGUCGAGUUUCACUGGUGCUAAAUAGGAACUACGGAACCCUGUUGUAAACCACGAUUUACCCAUUCCGACUUUCCACGCAGGGCCAUCUGAGCCAAGGGGUUGGUAAAGGAGCGGAGGCUCCUGAGGGGAAGUGGGCAGCAGGGAGCCAGCUGUUCCAGGUGCACCAACCCCUUUUUUAAAAGCUACGCUUUGGAGAAGAAGCUUAUGAAGUGCUCACAGUAGCAACACCUGCAUCUUCUCCAGAGCCUUCCUUUCAGAGUUUAGGUUUAGCCGAGAGGUUGGCCAUGCCGUUCCCCAGUUAGAGGCCUCGAUCCAGCAGCUCAGUGCUAGCUGCAUCUCCCAUAUCUGCCCCCCAACUCCGCAGCUGUCCGGCAGAGCAGGGCCCUCCUUACUGUCCACCCCCCUGCCCAAACUGGAAAUGGGAAAGCCUUCUGUCCCUUUUGUCUGUCCAAUCUCCCCAGAGUCUUUGUGUUGGGCCUGUUUUGCUGUCUGCCACAGAACCUCUCACCCGUUUUCCCUCCAGAGGGUAGGGAGGAGGAGGAGGGACAGACUGGACAAACAGACUUGACUCAGAACCCCCUUUUUUUUUUACAAAGGUCCCUCUGUCAGGUUGCACAGCCCUAGACUGAAAUAAGCAAAGCAACCCGGCCCCUGCCCACCCGCCCCACCCAACCAACCCGGGAUUGCCUGAAUUCCUUUGGCAUCUGCAGAGGGACGAGGUGACAACCAAGGUGCUAAACCGUUUUAUUACAGAUCUAUUGUUAACUUAAGUCUGCUGUCUGGACAAUGACUGUUUUUGUUUUCUUGUAGUGGAGUUUAAAAGAGCUCUAUUAUUUUACUCUUAUAUAUUAUUAUUAAAAAAAAGGCAUUUUAACUUUGUACUUGAAACCUAAAGGAAAAGAUUUCAUGUGUUUUAGCCUAGUCAUUGAAGUAGCUGAGACGCUUUACUGUUUGUGGGAAAUCAUGUAUUCAUGCUGACGAGUAAUCUGUGGAGACCCUGGGAAGAGCUCCAGCCUGUUUCCCUGCCCUCCAGCCGCCCGACAUUCCACGCAGCAGCUCCACCCGGAACCCCUUCCCUUCCUUCCUUUCUUCCCAUUCUCCCUCCCUUCCUUCCUCCCUUCCUUCCUUCCUUCCAUCCUUCCUUCCUUCCUUCCUUCCUCUUCUCCCUUCCUUCCUUCCUUCCCACCCCAGAUCCAUAUCCACCCACCCUGCACUCUCGCCUGGCUUUUUCUUUUCUUUUCUAGGAUGAUUUGGGGAUGCCCCAUCCUUUCUGCCGCUUUGUUAUUAUUUUUUAUUAUUUUUUAGGGUUGCUUCUAUAUUUAUUGACAAAUAAAUAAUGUACAUUUCAGAGUAUGGUUCUGCUCUGCCCAGGGUGGGGGAAGGCAAGGCUGGCUCCCCAUCCCUAUGGGCAGGCGCUUGUAUCUCUGUGUAAGUAUUGCUCGUGACAUAGCUGUUUGAUAAACUAAUUAAAAGGUCAAUGGUGCAGCAGAUGUUAGAAAGUCUGUCCGUUCCGCCGCCGCCGCAGCCAUCCCAUCCUUUGCAUCUUUCUUUUGUGCCCAGAACACUCAAAUAAGGAAGACUCCUUGCUGAUGUACUUUGUGCUGGAGAACACUUGAAUAAAUGUUCUGUUUUGUGCAAAAAGAAACGGAAAAGGAGGCG